AUGGACGAAAUAAACAAACUUAAUGAGGAAUACAUUGAACUACCAAAUGCCAAGAAAUUAUUAUCUAAAGCUCAAAACAUUUCAAACCGAAUUUCAUUACCAUUAGGAUAUGGCUGCCUAUUUACCGCAAUAGUUUACAUCAUGAAACCAUUUCUCAACGAUAUUAUUAGUAAUUAUUUCUUUGGCAUUGAAUAUUCUUUUGAGCUUCCUUUUAUGGCCGCAUAUUUCUAUGAUCCAGCAAAGUCACCAGGAUAUGAAUUGACAUAUUUUAUUCAAAUAUGCGAAACAGUUUUUCUUGGUAUUUUUGUUGCGGCGAUGGGAUCAACUUUUAGCUGCUACUGUCUCCAUAUUUCUGCACACUUUGAGAUUCUUAAAGGAGCAAUCAAUGAAAUGAAGUUAGAGGACUUUGUGCGUUAUCAUCUUCAGAUAAUCAGCAUAACUAAAAGACUAAAUUCACUUUACGUUCCAAUAAUAUUUACAGAAUAUUUUGUGAUUGGAACUCUGACUAUUGUAACAGGUUUACAAGUCAUUGUUGUUGAUGAUUUUGGAUUGAUUUUACGAUCAAUUUUUCAUGCCUGUACUGGAUUAGUUGAUGUUGCAAUUUAUUCAUAUGGAAGCCAAAAAAUCUUGGAUUCAUCUCUAUCAGUUUGUGAUGAAGCUUAUGUGAUUAAUAAGAAUUACGUUUUUAUUUUGAUGAUUGCUCAGAAGAGGUUGAGAUUUACUACUGGAUUUUUCGAAGCAUCAUUGGAUACUUAUUCAAUAAUGCUAAAAUUGAAUUGCCUUAAAAAAUAUAAUAAACCCGAAAUGGCUUACAAUUUUGAGAAGUACAAUUCGGAUGUCAUUAGUCAAUAUGAAGUGGGAUAUGAUUACGGAUCUGUCAUGAACUUUCCAAAAACAGCUUUAACAUCAAAUGAUCAAGACACAAUAAUUUCAUUAGAAAUGUAG